UCAAUCACAUUGUAUUUGUAUCAAUAUAAAUGAAUGCACGAAUGAGAAAAUGAUUCAGGAAUUCUAGAGUUUUCAAGAGAAAGAAAAGUAAUUGUGGUAAGCAGGGUGAAGCCGAGAGCCAUGGGAACGGAGCGAGGCCGGAGGCGUGAUUGCUUUAGAGUGUCACGACACAAAAUCUUUCUUUAUUUUGAAAUUAUUUUGCAUCUAUUAGUAAAUGUGUUCACAAUGCAACACAAAGAUCAGCUGUUCAUGUACUAGAGCUGCUCCACCUGUUCUUCAAACAGAACCUGUUUCACUACAGAUACUUCAUUAAAGUCAACCACAGAAUGUUUUUAUUUAUGUGAUCAUUUACACAAAACUUUCCACACCUUACAGUUUGAACCUGCUUCGGUGUGUUUCAGAUGGGUGUUGGUGUGUCUGUUUUUCAUAUCAUUACCUGUCACAUCUAUUAACAAACCUAAGAAAAUCAUACAAAGGCAUAACAUGAACGAGGAACAAGAUGGCAAAAGAUUUUAAAUGUGAAAAAAAAAAAAAAAAAAAAUCUAUCAACCCAGCAAACUUGUUUCAUACAUGUACAGUUUUUAUCAGAAGUACUUGGAUCUAUAAAUGCUUAUUUUGAUGUCUGAUGGAAAGUCAGUAUUAUGAUGUAGAAGACCCUUCCCUCAGUUAUAUCACUGCUGUCAUGUCUUUUCUUUUGGCUCAGAAGAAGAUAUUUUGAGGAAUGUUGGUGUAAGAGCAACACUGGACCCUAUUAAAAAAAAGAAAAAAAGACAUUUCUCAAAAUAUCUUUUCUACAGAAGAAAUUAGUUGAUACAGAUGUGGAAUGACAUGAGGGGACAUGUAAAGGAUGACUUGAAUGUUAUUUUUUUGCAUGAACUAUCCCUUUAACAUUCAUAUUUUAUUAUGCAAUAUUUGCAUUACAUUUGCAUAUAUUUGCUAAACAGGCUGCCCUACCAAAGACAGAUGUAAGACAAAUACAUACACAAGAACUGUACAGUAAAUACUGUGUGAUCAGCACAUCCUGAAUGUGUUUCCAACAGCAGUCACUCUGACUCGGCUCAUUCCCCGUCACUAAAGCUCAACGUUUGUCUGAGACACACCCUCAUAGUUUCAUGACAAGACUUUCCUCAUCAUGUAAUCCAGUGAGUUGAGUUGCUGAAUCUAUGAAAUCUGUACACAGUUGUACAGAUCUUUAUUGUCUCCUCAUCUGAGUUUUUAACAAUCCACCAAAAGAAAACAAAAGAGAAGAUGCUUCAUUCUGAAAAAAACAAAAAAACGCUCUCUGAUCACAGGAAAAGUCUUCAGGAUCUAAAAAAGUCCUAUGAAGAAUGUGAAGAGCCUGAGAAACAACAGUUAUGGGAGAUCAUUAAUGAUGAAUUGCAAGACAUCUUGAAGAAAUACUCCUUAUUCUUCUCAAAAAAACAAAUGAAGAUUUUCAACGACCCCAUUCAUGGUCACAUUGCGCUGCACCCCCUCCUGGUGAAGAUCACAGAUACGCCUCAGUUUCAGAGACUCCGUCACAUCAAACAGCUUGGAGGAACAUAUCUGGUGUAUCCGGGAGCUUCUCACAAUCGUUUUGAACACUCUCUUGGUGUGGCGUAUUUAGCAGGUUGUCUGGUCAAGAUUCUUCAUGACAAUCAGCCGGAGCUCAAAAUCACCAAACAGGAUUUCCUGUGUGUUCAGAUCGCUGGACUGUGUCACGACUUGGGUCAUGGUCCAUUUUCCCAUGUAUUUGAUGGUCUGGUUAUUCCUAAAGUCAAAAAGAUUAAACAAAUAAGAGGCUUGCCUGAUGAUAUCCCUGAGAAGUGGAAGCAUGAGCAGAUGUCAGUGCUGAUGUUUGAUGACAUUGUGAAGAGUUUGAAGGAUGAGAAUGAAGAUGUGUUGAAAGAACACGGACUGAAUGAUAGAGAUGUCAUCUUCAUUAAAGAGUUAAUCGAAGGGGCAAAAGAUUCAGCUGCUGAGUGGACAUACAAGGGCAGAGAUGAAGACAAAUCUUUCCUGUAUGAGAUUGUGGCAAACAAACAGAACGGUAUUGAUGUGGACAAAUGGGACUAUUUCGCACGAGACUGUCAUCACCUUGGCAUUCGUAACAGUUUUGACCAUCAGCGUUUGUUGAAGUUUGCUCGAGUGUGUAAAAUGAACGGAAGAAAUCACAUCUGCUUCAGGGACAAGGUGGCAGAAAAUAUUUAUGGCAUGUUUCACACUCGAUACACUCUCCAUCGUCAGGCCCUUCAGCACAAGAUUGGCUACAUCAUUGAUGUCAAGAUCAAGGAUGCGCUUGUACUAGCUGAUGGCCCACUGAAGAUCUCAAAUGCCAUAGAUGACAUGCUGGAGUACACAGAACUCACAGAUCACAUCUUUGAUCAGAUCUUGAACAAGUCAAACACACAUCUGAAAAAGUGUGUUGGAGAGGCCAGAUUGAAUGAAGAAAAAUUAGAGCAGAAGGCUGAGGAGUGCUUUCAGAAGUGGUGUGAGAAAGACUUCAUUGAUUCAGACAAUCUGUCUAAAGCCCGAAGCAUUCUAGAAGACGUUGUCAACAGACGGCUGCCAAAGUUCGUGGGAGAGGCCCGACUAAAGGAAGAUGGAUUAAAGAAAAUGCUGACAGAACACUGGGAGAAGAUGGUCGAAGAUUUUAAAAAACGACAUCAAAUUCUGAAGGACUUUGAAAUUUAUGAAAAACUGCUGGCCAUCUUGAGAACCCAUUCAGGUGAUGUCCAGUCAGGUGACGCCCAGUCGGGUGACAUCCAUUCGAGUGACGUCUUCAAGACUAAAGUGUAUCAGGACAUACUGCUGGCCAGUUUGGGAGACAAGCCUGAUGAAGCCUUCGAGAUUAAGCAAAUAGAGGAGGACGGCUCCAAAGCCCAGCCUGUUAAAGCCUUCAAGAUCAAAGUCUAUCAGAAACUUCUGGAGAAAUGCUGGAAGUCUGAUCCGCAGGCACCUAAGGGAGCUGAGGACUGUGAAAUUCAUGUUCUUGAGAUGGGUUUUGGUGAAGUGGGUAAUGAGCCCAUUGAAAAUGUUCAUUUUUAUAGCAAGCAGGAUCCAAACAAAGCUUUCAAGAUGGAGAAGUAUCAGGUGUCGAGUCUCAAGCCACAGAAGUUUCAUGAAUGGCUUGUGAGGGUCUAUUACGAUCCGAAGGAUUGGGAGAAUCAGGAGGAGGUCCAGCAGAAAGCUGAGUACUUUCAUAAGUGGUGCAAAAGCGAUAAAAACAACUUCAUUGAUUUUGGGCCUCAUUCAGAAGAAGAAGAAAAAGAAGAAGAAGAAGAAGAAGAAGAAGAGGAAGAAGAAGAAGAAGAAGAAGAAGAAGAAGAAGAAGAAGAAGAAGAAGAAGAAGAAGAAAAAGAAGAAGAAAAAGAAGAAGAAAAAGAAGAAAAAGAAGAAGAUGCUUCAAGGAAGAUUUUCAAUGACCCCAUUUAUGGUCAGAUUGAGCUCGACCCCCGGCUGGUGAAGAUCAUUGACACUCCUCAGUUUCAGAGACUCCGUCACAUCAGACAACUCGGAGGGACAUUUCUGGUGUAUCCGGGUGCCACUCACACUCGCUUCGAACACUCACUUGGGAUGGCAUAUUUAGCAGGAUGUAUGAUCGAUGUUCUGAAAAAAAAAAAGAACAUUUCACCGAAAGAUGAGCUGUGUGUCAAAAUUGCUGCUCUGUGCUACAAUUUAGGCCAUGGCCCAUUCUCUUUUCUGUACGAGAACUUCAUAAAAGAAUCCCUAAAGCGUGAUAAAAAUUGGAAGGUAGCAUCGCACUUGAUGCUUAAGGACAUAUUAACGAAGAAUAAAUAUCUGAAUGGCGAGUUAAACAAGAGUGAUCUCACCUUUAUUAAGAACUUAAUUGAUGGGAACCAUACUACUAAAAUGCGGAAAAAGAGGAAAUGGAAUGAGGACAAAACUUUCCUGUAUGAGAUUGUGAGAAAUAAAUGGAACGGCAUUGAUGUGCGUAAAUGGGACUAUUUUGCAAGAGACUGUCAUCACCUCGGCAUCCCAAACAGCUUUGACCAUCAGCGCCUGCUGAAAUCUGCUCGAGUGUGUGAGGUGAAAGGGAGAAAUCACAUCUGCUACAGAGACAAGGUGGCAGAUAGUGUUUAUGACAUGUUUAAAACCCGGUACACUCUCUACAGUCAGGCCUACCAGCACAAGAUCGUCAACAUCAUCGAAAAAAAAAUCACAGAAGCCCUCACUGCAGCUGAAGGCAAGCUCACCAAGAUCUCACCGUUGAGAGCAUCCAACGAGGAAAGGGCUGCAAAAUUGUCCAAACUGACAGACCACAUCUUUGAGGAGAUCUUGUACUCCACUGAUGACGAGCUGAAAGAUGCCAGGAUGAAACUGGAGGAUGUUGUGAACAGACGCCUGCCAAAGUGUGUGGGAGAGACCAGAAUAACAGAAGCGGAAUUCAAAGACAAACAGAUCUUCCAGGAUAACUGGAAUAAAGCAGUGGACGAAUGGAACAAACUUCACCCAACUGUGUUCUUGGAUAAGAAGGAUUUCAUCAUUGAUGUGAUUCAGCUGGAUUGUACUUUCAGCACGGGUAAAAACCCCAUCAACAGUGUCUAUUUCUACAGGAAGAGGAACCCCACCGAAGCCUUCAAGAUUAAGAAAUAUGAGGUGUCCAGUCUGCGGCCGGAGGAGUUUACUGAAUAUGUUGGUAGGAUUUACUACACAAAAAAGUCUGAUGAGGAGGAGAGGGAUGCUAAGGAGUGCUUCAAAUGGUGGUGCCGUGGCAAGUGUGUGAUUCUGGUCUACGAUAAAGAUGAGUUUAGAGGCAACAAGUGCUUUAUCACAGGGGACUGUCCUUCUUUGGACCGCUGUGGUAUAGAUGUGGUCCACUCUUGUAAGGUUAUCAAAGGCAUCUGGAAGCUCUAUGAGGGUCAAGAAUACAACAAGCCCCAUUACCUACUGAAUGAGGGGGAGUAUCCCAAUCCUGCAGCAUGGGGUGCCACAAACCCUGCUCAGUCUCUUAAACGUGUGACAUUUCAGAUCCAGCUCUAUGAACAGGUGGAUCUGGUAAAGCCAAAACACGAGACCACUGUUGACUGUCGUUCUGUGGAGGAACAGUUUGAUAUAAAUGGGGUUCACUCCUGUAAGGUGGUCAGUGGUGUAUGGAAGCUCUAUGAGGGGCGUGACUACACUGAACCCCAUUACCUACUGAAUGAGGGGGAGUAUCCCAAUCCUGCAGCAUGGGGUGCCACAAACCCUGCUCAGUCUCUUAAACGUGUGACAUUUCAGGUCCAGCUCUAUGAACAGGUGGAUCUGGUAAAGCCAAAACACGUGACCACUGUUGACUGUCAUUCUGUGGAGGAACAGUUUGGUAUAAAUGGGGUUCACUCCUGUAAGGUGGUCAGUGGUGUAUGGAAGCUCUAUGAGGGGCGUGACUACACUGAACCCCAUUACCUACUGAAUGAGGGGGAGUAUCCCAAUCCUGCAGCAUGGGGCGCCACAAACCCUGCUCAGUCUCUUAAACGUGUGACAUCAUUUAAGAUCCAGCUCUUUGAACGGGAGAAUUUUGAAGAACAAAUGCAUGAGACCACUGUUGACUGCUCUUCUGUGGAGGACCAGUUUGGCAUAAAAGCGUUUCACUCCUGUAAGGUGGUCAGUGGUAUCUGGCAGCUCUUUGAGGAUCCUGACUACACUAAACCCCAUCGCCUACUGAAGGAGGGGGAGUAUCCCAAUCCUGCAGCAUGGGGCGCCACAAACCCUGCUCAGUCUCUUAAACGUAAAGUCUGACCCAUUUUGAUAUUUAAAGUAGGGCUGUCAAUUUCAAGCAUUAACUUAAUAUAAUUAAGUUAAUAAUAACUUUAACAACACAAUUAAUGAUUUACUUUGCAGAGGUUUCCCAGUCCAAUUCAGUAGGAAAGGUAAAUCAGGAUAAAAUCUAAAGUAAUUUGGGGUUGGAAUGACAUGAGGGUGAAUAAAUGAUUCAUUACUUGGCAUAUCAUACAAUUAAUUUGGUUAAAAUGGAUUGACAACCCUACUCAACUGCUGAAGUCAUGGCUUGUGUGUCUAUGUGAGCUGAUUUUGUGAAAAUACCUUAUUAUAGAGAUGCUGAUGACAAAAAACAAUGAAAAUAAAAAUCUGAAAAUAUUUUAGUUCUUUAUAUAUACAGUAGGAUAUUUGGGCAUAAUGGCUGAUUGAUAUUAUUGUCUGAGCAGCUGUAUUUGGUGAUGUUGGAUAUAGACCCUAGCUAGUGUUUAACGGUAGAGGAUGAUGUUGAUGUUUAAGAGUGAUGCUAUGACAGGUUUGUUUGAUGAUUGAUUAAUCAGUUCAUAUUAUAUGAUUUCUUUUAUGUGUGCAGAGAUUUGAUUAUGUUUCCUAUGAGUAAUUUUGGGUGUUACACCGUUUUAAAGAUUACAGUUUAUCUGGAAUGCAUCUUUCUUUUUUCUCUUAAUCUUUUAACCUUUCUGAAGAUGUAGGUGUUCGUAUAUGUAAUUUUGGGGAAAGCGUUAGUGAUUUAUGAAAGUGAUUUAUCACUGUUAACCUGUAGUGUUUAAAAAUGGUUCUAUAAAGUAAUGGUAAAAUACUGGCAACACUGUUCUUUACUCUAAUCUACUUUACAGUAUGUUAAUGUAAAAAUGAGUGAUGCUAUGAUAGGUUUGUUUGAUGAUUGAUUAAUCAGUUCAUAUUAUAUGAUCUCUUUUGUUAUGUGUGCAGAGAUUUGAUUGUUUCUUAUGAGUAAUUUUGGGUGUUACACAGUUUUAGAGACUACAGUUUAUCUGGAAUGUAUAUUUCUUUUUUUCUCUUAAUCUUUUAACCUUUCUGAAGAUGUAUCAGUUCUUAUCUGUGAUUUUGGGGAAAGCGUUAGUGAUUUCUGAAAGUGAUUUAUGGAAAAAAAAAGUUUUGCUUUUUCAGUGACAACUCUUAUUAAAUAAAUUUGAUUGUGUUUCUUCUA